UUUAAGGUAUUGUUUUAGUUUUUCAGGAAUUGUUCAAAUGGAUGAAGACACACAUUACGAUAAAGUGGAAGAUGUGGUUGGAAGUCACAUAGAAGAUGCAGUAACAUUUUGGGCCCAGAGUGUCAGUAGAAAUAAAGAUAUCAUGAAGAUUGGUUGCUCACUGUCUGAAGUUUGCCCCCAGGCCAGUUCAGUUUUGGGGAAUCUUGACCCAAACAAGAUUUAUGGUGGAUUAUUUUCUGAAGAUCAGUGUUGGUACAGAUGCAAAGUACUGAAAAUCAUCAGCGUUGAAAAGUGUCUGGUGAGGUACAUUGACUAUGGAAAUACUGAAAUUCUAAAUCGAUCUGAUAUAGUUGAAAUUCCUUCGGAGCUGCAGUUUUCCAGUGUUGCCAAAAAGUAUAAACUUUGGGGACUACAGAUUCCUUCUAAUCAAGAAGUUACCCAGUUUGAUCAGGGCACAACCUUUUUGGGGAGCUUAAUUUUUGAAAAGGAAAUAAAAAUGAGAAUUAAAGCAACCUCUCAAGAUGGAACAGUUAUUGCUCAGGCUGAGUAUGGCAGUGUGGAUAUAGGGGAAGAGGUGUUUAAGAAAGGAUUUGCAGAGAAGUGCAGACUUACUUCCAGAACUGACAUCUGUGAGGAAAAAAAAUUGGAUCCUGGUCAACUUGUUCUCGGGAACCUCAAAAACCCCAUUCCUUUGUGGGGGCAUAGAUCAAACCAGUCAACCUUCAGCAGGCCCAAGGGGCACUUAAGUGAGAAAAUGACUCUUGACUUGAAGGAUGAAAAUGAUGCAGGCAAUCUUAUGACAUUUCCAAAGGAAAGUUUGGCUGUUGGUGACUUUAAUUUAGGGUCUAACGUCAGCCUGGCAAAAAUUAAGCAGGACCAGAAACUGAUUGAAGAAAAUGAAAAACUUAAAACAGAGAAGGACGCUCUUCUCAAAAGUUAUAAGGAGUUAGAAUUGAAAGUAGAGCAGAUUGCCCAGGAGCUGCAGCAAGAGAAGGCAGCUGCUGUGGAUUUGACUAACCACUUAGAAAGCACCCUGAAGACCUGUAUAGAUACCAGAAUGAAAAAUCUGGCAGCUAAGAUGGAAAUACUGAAAGAAAUGAGGCACGUUGGCAUCAGCGUUCGUUUCGGACAAGACCUUUCAGAUGCUAUACAAGUGUUGGAUGAAGGGUGCUUUACUGCUCCAGCUUCUUUGAAUGGAUUAGAGAUAAUAUGGGCAGAAUACAAUCUGGCUCAGGAGAAGAUUAAAACUUGUGAAUAUGUGAAUGAAGGGAAUAUUUUGAUUACCCAAAGAAAUGAAAUGCAGCAGAAGCUGUACAUGUCAGUAGAAUAUUUUAUUCUGGAUGUUGAUGAGUCAUCUCUUAAUAAACGCUUAAAAACAUUGCAGGAUUUGUCAGUCUCUUUAGAAGCAGUGUAUGGACAAGCCAAAGAAGGAGCAAAUUCUGAUGAAAUACUUAAAAAGUUUUGUGACUGGAAGUGUGAUAAAAGAGAGGAGUUCACCAAUGUUAGAAGUGAAACAGACGCUUCUCUGCAGCGUCUUGUAGCAUGGUUCCAAAGAACCUUAAAGGUUUUUGACCUAUCUAUGGAAGAAUCACUGAUUUCAGAAGACACAAUGGAUAAUAUUGAUGAAAUCCUAGAGAAGACUGAGUCAAGUGUCUGCAAAGAGCUGGAGAUAGCUCUGGUUGAUCAAGGUGAUGCAGACAAGGAGAUAAUUUUAAAUACAUAUAGUCAAGUACUGCAAAAGAUUCGUUCAGAGGAAAGGCUCAUUGCCACAGUACAAGCUAAGUACAAGGACAGUAUUGAGUUUAAAAAGCAGCUUAUUGAAUAUUUAAAUAAGAUUCCCAGUGUGGAUCACUUGCUAUCCAUUAAGAAGACAUUGAAAAGCUUAAAAGCUCGACUCAGAUGGAAAUUGGUUGAAAAGAAUAAUUUGGAAGAGUCAGAUGAUCCUGAUGGCUCUCAAAUUGAGAAAAUAAAAGAAGAAAUAACUCAGCUGCGCAAUAAUGUCUUUCAGGAAAUUUAUCAUGAGAGAGAGGAAUAUGAGAUGCUAACUAGUUUGGCACAGAAAUGGUUCCCUGAGCUGCCUCUGCUUCAUCCUGAAAUAGGAUUACUCAAAUACAUGAACUCUGGUGGUCUCCUUACAAUGAGCUUGGAACGAGAUCUUCUUGAUGCUGAGCCCAUGAAGGAACUUAGCAGCAAGCGUCCUUUGGUAUGUUCUGAGGUUAAUGGGCAGAUAAUUCUGUUAAAGGGCUAUUCUGUGGAUGUUGACACAGAAGCCAAGGUGAUUGAGAGAGCAGCCACCUACCAUAGAGCUUGGAGAGAGGCUGAAGAAGAGUCAGGGUUACUACCAUUGAUAUUCCUGUUUUUAUGUAAGUCUGAUCCUAUGGCUUAUCUGAUGGUCCCAUACUACCCUAGGGCAAACCUGAGUGCUGUUCAAGCCAGCAUGCCUUUAAAUUCAGAAGAAGCUUUAAAGGUCAUGAAAGGUGUUGCCCAGGGCCUGCAUACAUUGCAUAAGGCUGACAUAAUUCAUGGAUCACUUCAUCAGAACAAUGUAUUUGCUUUAAACCGUGAACAAGGAAUUGUUGGAGAUUUUGACUUCACCAAAUCUGUGAGUCAGCGAGCCUCAGUGAACAUGAUGGUUGGUGACUUGAGUUUGAUGUCACCUGAGUUGAAAAUGGGAAAACCUGCUUCUCCAGGUUCAGACUUAUAUGCUUAUGGCUGCCUUUUAUUAUGGCUUUCUGUUCAAAAUCAGGAGUUUGAGAUAAAUAAAGAUGGAAUCCCGAAAGUGGAUCAGUUUCAUCUGGAUGAUAAAGUCAAAUCCCUCCUCUGUAGCUUGAUAUAUUAUAGAAGUUCAAUGACUGCUGAACAAGUUUUAAAUGCUGAAUGUUUCUUGAUACCAAAGGAGAAAUCAGUUCCAAACCUAGAAAAAGAUACUGAAUACACCCUAUAUAAAAAGGAAGAAGAAAUAAAGACGGAGAACUUGGAUAAAUGUAUGGAGAAGACAAGAAAUGGUGAAGCCAACUUUGAUUGUUAAAUUAUUAUUGUUGUUGUUGCAGAUAUUCUUUUUAAAAACUUUGUUUAGUUUGGUUAAUACACAGAAAUAUCUAGAAAUGUUCUGGGACUAGUUAGGUUGUAUCUUUAAUAUUCAGGUUGUGAAAAAUAAAGAUGUUUGGCUAUGCACAAAA